AACUCGACACCAGCAACUUUUCGCACAAGGGGAUAGCAAAGGGGGGGAAGAGAGAGCAAGAGAAGGAGCUUUGAGCGAGUGGAAGUGCCACAGAGAGCCACGCUCCGCGGGGGAAAAAGGCAAGAUGUGUCCGUGGCCCGCACUCCUUCGUCUGCUGCCCCUCACCGUGGCCCUGGGCGCCCUCCCGCACGCCGGCUCCUCCACCUCCACCUUCAGCCCCGAGGCAUGGCUGCAGCAAUAUGGCUACCUGCCCCCCGGAGACCUUCGCACGCACACUCAACGCUCCCCCCAGUCACUCUCGGCUGCCAUUGCUGCCAUGCAGCGGUUCUAUGGGCUUCAGGUGACGGGCAGCGCCGACUCGGAGACCUUGAAGGCUAUGAAGAGGCCCCGCUGUGGCGUCCCGGAUAAAUUUGGGGCAGAGAUUAAGGCCAACGUACGGCGCAGGCGCUACGCCAUCCAAGGGCUGAAGUGGUCACACUACGAUCUUACCUUCUGCAUCCAGAACUAUACUCCCAAGGUGGGUGAACAUGCCACCUUCAGUGCCAUCCGGCGCGCCUUCAGCGUGUGGCAGUCGGUGACGCCGCUGCGCUUCCGUGAAGUGCCCUACUCGGCCGUGCGUGAGGGCCGGGAAUUGCAAGCCGACAUCAUGAUCUUCUUCGCCGAAGGCUUCCAUGGUGACAGCACCCCGUUUGAUGGUGAAGGAGGCUUCUUGGCCCAUGCCUAUUUCCCUGGGCCCCACAUUGGCGGCGACACUCACUUUGAUGCUGCGGAGCCCUGGACAUCACGCAACGAUGACUUGAAUGGAAAUGACAUUUUCCUGGUUGCUGUGCAUGAACUGGGCCAUGCACUUGGUUUGGAGCACUCAAAUGACCCCUCUGCCAUCAUGGCUCCUUUUUACCAAUGGAUGGACACGGAGAACUUUGAGUUGCCUGAAGAUGACCGGAGUGGCAUACAACAGCUGUAUGGAACUGAAAUUGGCCACCCCAGUAAACCUCCGCCGAUACCUCGGACCACUGUGAAGCCUCGUGUCCCUGAUCGGCCACCCAAGAACCCAUCGUAUGGCCCCAACAUCUGUGAUGGAAGAUUUGACACCAUUGCUGUGCUAAGGGGCGAGAUGUUUGUCUUCAAGGACAAAUGGUUUUGGCGAGUCCGGAACAACCGUGUGAUGGACGGGUACCCUCUCCCCAUUGGCCAGUUCUGGGUUGGUCUCCCUGCAACCAUCAACACAGCCUAUGAGAGGAAAGAUGGGAAAUUUGUAUUCUUUAAAGGGGACAAGCAUUGGGUCUUCAACGAAGCUGCUUUGGAUCCCGGCUAUCCUAAACACAUAAAGGAACUGGGCAGAGGACUUCCCACUGACCGGAUUGAUGCCGCACUUUUUUGGAUGCCGAGUGGGAAAACCUAUUUCUUCCGGGGAAAUAAAUAUUAUCGCUUCAACGAGGAGAGUCGGACGGUCGAGGCUGACUACCCCAAGCACAUUUCUGUCUGGGAAGGGAUCCCUGAGGCGCCCCGGGGGGCGUUUAUGGGCAGCGAUGAGGUUUUCACCUACUUUUACAAGGGGGACCGUUACUGGAAGUUCAACAACGAGAAGCUGAAGGUGGAGCCAGGAUACCCCAAAUCAGUGCUGCGGGACUGGAUGGGAUGUAGUUCGGGCGGGGACCGCCAGGACGGAGAAGAAGUGAUCAUCAUUGAGGUGGACAAUGCAGAAGAAGGGGAGGUGAACGCAGCCGCCGUGGUGCUGCCCAUCCUCCUGCUGCUCACCGUCUUCGCCCUGGGGAUUGCCCUACUCAUCUUCAAACGCUACGGCAUGCCCAAGCGGUUGCUGUAUUGCCAGCGCUCCCUGCUGGACAAGGUGUGACAGGGUGAGCGCCUCACCUGGGCUGGGAGCACAAGGGCACUCCUGUCUCCCCCGCCUUGGCCGCCAUCUCUCCCCCGGUGCUCCUUUCUUGAACCCCUUUUCUUAGUUGCCACGUCCAUUUUUUAUGUCCUGUUCUGCCCCCAUCCUGCCGCCUUCCCCUCCUGCAACAUCUCCUCGUUUACCCACCUGCCCUCUUUCCGGUCCCCUUCCUAUCUUCUUUCUGCCACUUCCUGUACUGCCUCCAUGCUUUUCCGCUGCCUCCUCCUCGUCUCCACCACCAUCUCUUCCUUCUGCAUCCUUUCACCUGGUUCUGUUCACUCUCCCCCCCCCCCCUCUUUGCCUCUCCCUCUUGCCUCUUCACAUCUCUUCCAGCCCCCCAGUUUCCAUGCAGUGGGGUGUGCUGAGCACACUCAUUAAUGUAACUUGAGGAGGAGAAAGAGGACCUUCAUUGUCCAUGCUGGUUUUGGCUCUGCCCAACCCCACUGAAGAGCGCUUCCCAUGAUGCGGCAUCCCUUGACCUCGCAGGAAAAGGAGACUUUGCUUUGGCCUGCCAUCUUGCAAGGCUGAUAAGGCAUCACUGUGAGUGCCCACUACAGUUCCCCCAUCUCCAGUGGGAUCAAGGUUAAAUGAUCAUGGUAACCUUCCUCAGUAUUCUCUUUUGCUCCUGUUGCCUCCUUCCCGCUCCUCCAAGGUCAACAUGGGAAAUUAAUGGUGAGCACAAGGAUGGAUGUCCUUCAUUGGCUUAUUGAAGAACGAGGGUAGGGCCUUCAAAACAGCAUGGAUUCAAGAAAGAGCAUCUAUGAGGAGCGAUGGGAGGGGAGCUACCGAUUUGGGGCUAAUGGUGGGUGGAGCUAUGCAGAUGAAAAAGGAAAGCUGCAGAAUUCCGGGGUGGUGGUGGGUAAUGUAGUUGGGAAGAAAUUACAGCAUUCCAAAGGGAACUCGUAUCAUUCCAUUAGGCAUGGCUUGAAAAGGAUGGAGGAGCCGUGGCUGACCAAUAGAAGCUCUUAUGUAGAUUACCCAAUAGGAAAUGGCAGGGAGGGCAGUUGGCGGAAGACAAGGGGCGGAGUGUAGAAUUUGGGGUGUGGCUUAACAACGCCUGCCUUUUUAGUGUGGGGAAGCACUGCAAAGGGCCAAACCUGGUGGUGGUGGUGGGAAGCAGAGAUCUCCCCACAACCGAGGUAGGAUGGGCCAUUAGUACCCUGAAUGCGACAGAGAAUGGGGCAAGUUUGGGAGUAUGAGGACUGGGAGGAUAGUUGUGGUAGCCUGGAGAAGGAGGUAGCUGUAGAAUGGGAUGGAGAUGGUCAGCCAGGUUCAAAUUUUGACAGCACCGUUCAGAUGAUUUUGCAUAAAUGUUUACUCCAACAUCUGGUUAUAAUUGUACAAAGUUUACAGUUGUCGCUUCUAAUCCAUUCUGGAGUCUGAAAACAAACCAAAACAAAGUACCAAUUUGCAAAAGGGGGGGGGAAGAGGAAGAAAGAUUAGUAUUGUACCAGAGAACUGCCUCAAACUGCCUUAUCCUCCUUUCUUAGGGAAAGUUUAAAAUUUUGUUGUUGAAUAUGUAAUUUUUAAUUAUUCUAUAGAAAAGCCUUUUUUUAAAAAAAAAUUAAAAAUAGUGCAUUAACAGGGUGGGGGAAAUUAGAAUGGGGGUGAGAGAUGAACCCCAAAAUCCUGCAGGCCGGGAAUGAGGUAUCUAAACUCUCUCCUGUUCAGACCAUUUUUAACUGGGUGUGUGGGAAGGGGAGGGAAUCUGGGUCUUCAAAUGGUCUCCAAACGGAAUUAAACUGUGUUUAACGAUACAUUUGGGUUUGUUGGUGGGUUUUAAUAUUGUUCAUUGUUCCACUUUAUUAUUAUUAUUGUUAUUGUUAUUUUGCUAUUAAUAAUAAACACCCAUUCUUUGGGAGGGGAAUAUACAUACAUUGCUGGGGCCUGUAGGCUGUUAAAACCUGUUAUUCCUUUUAACGUUUAGCAAUAAAAUCCCCAUUUCUAGGUGGAAAUGGAUUAAAAAUGCUGGGAGUUUUUAAAGAUUUCUUUUUUUUUUUUGUCCCCACAAGCUGUUCGUGACUAUUUUGUUAUUAAAAAGAAUCAACAGAGAAUUUUUUAAAAAAAUAAAUGCUGGAAUUUC